CCUAAUUAUAGUGACCUUAUUUUGCAAUAGGUUAAAGAAGCCUUGGAAGACGAAGCCCGACAAAGUAACUCUAACCCAGAAAUUGUCUUUAUACCCAGCGGUUCUAUCAGCAGGCCUAACUGGGAAAAAAGAAGGCUGACAAUAUAUGUCUUUAGUAUGUAUGGAGAUUACAUCGAUCAACCGCACUCGUUUGUUCACAAAGGACUCAUAAUGGUCUAUCUGGACCAAAGUGGCAGGUCCAAACAACUGGUGUUGCACCGAUUUGACUUGUCGGCGGAACACCGGCAAGAACAGUUGAAGGGUGGGGAUGGAAGAAUCAAGGCAGGACGUGUACCUGCUUACGAAUAUGCGGAAGAGUUCUAUUUCAGGUAAGAUUCACGAAACUCUUACCUGGUGCAAUUGUAUAAGGAGGUUCAAGCUACAAUCCUGGCCAAAACGUUGCCGUGGACAACCCACAGACAUUGGCCUCGAAUGGCGUUUUUUCUAAAUAAUUAUCACCCCGCUCCCCAAAGCCAAUGUUGAAUAGGAUUUUUUAUCAAAUAAUAAAGUGGAGAUAAUUCGGAUAUGCAACACUGAAGAGGGGGAGUGGGGAAUAUGAGUGUAAAUUCAAGUUUUAGUUGUUUGUUAUGAGUUUUGCAAAAAUGGAUUGAGUGUCCACAUCAGUUUUGGCCUGGAUUGUAGCUCCUGAUUCAGAUCAGUUAAGGAAAACAGGGCCUCAUAAUUAGGCUAGGUCAGUUCAAGCAAAUGGAAGGGGGAGUUCGAGGUGAACAUAGCAUUUGUCGACAAAAGGGCGUGGUCUUCACGUGAGGUCAUGCACAACUCGCUAACUUAAAAUAUUUAAUAUGUGUUUAUAAUUCCGACCUUUUACUUUCACAAAGCGAAGCUAAUUUAGUACACUUGAUAUUAUGAGUCAAAUACUCAAAUAUAUAUACCGUGACGAUAUGGUAUGUAGAGGAACACAUACCGUAUCCUAAUAGUAUCCUAAAACGAAACUAUUUCCAUUGUCGGGAUUUGCGAGGAAAUUGACUAUGCCUAUAAGCAGAAAAAGGUGCAACAUGUAGUUUGGGUGGUAAUGGAGGAAAGAACUAUAGUGAUAUGCUCAUGACGAAGGUUUAAAGGUUUGUUCCCCAAUUAAAAACCUGUGUCGUCAAUGGGUCAGUUUCAAAUCGCACCCUAGUAUAUACGAACAAAAGGGAAGGCCAUGCCACUCUCUCCACCACACUUCUUCUGAGCUGACGUUUAAAUGCUUUAACUGGCCUUUGCAGAAAAAUGAUGAAAACUGGACAACGCAACAACAUCCCCAGUGAACUAAUAAGCAUCCUCGAGCGAACCCAACCAAAUGCAAUGGUGGAGAAGAUGCUCAAUUUUGCUGAAAUUUAUCCCCAUACAAGCCCAGUCGAUAUGGCCAACACUUUUCUACAAUUCGACAUGUACAACAAUGCUAACAUGUUCCAAAGUAGCGGUGGUUCGGGGUGGAGUGAUUCGGGUUCGAGUGAUUCGGGUUCGAGUAGUUCGGGGUCGAGCUCUUCACGAGAUAAUAAUCUCACCGAAAUGCUUCAUAUUCGCAAAAACUUGUUGAUAAACGGUUCUUUCCCUACAUACGAAGGCACCCUUCAAAAUGUUUCUUUGCUUGAUCUCUGGAAGGUGGUCCAGGAAUCCAUGAGGGAUUUCCCGAAGGAAUAUAGUUUUAUUUUAGCUAACUGUAUAGAAUUCGCUAAUGCAAUUCUUCGGCGUCUUAAAGACAACUUGGACAUGAAGGAGAACAAGCACGAUCCAGUGUUGCUGGAUAUGUAUAUGUAACCAUUGGAACUAUUGCUUGAGCUUUAAUUAAGCAAAUUGACGUGUAAAGACAAGAGUUGACACGGCCGAACAUUAAAUAAUCGUAGCUAGCAAAGAUUUAAGUAUUUAGGAUUAGCUAUAUAGGAUUCAGAUUCUGAACAAACGUGAUUGAGCUUUAGUAUAUAAUUAUAAGCAAUUGCUAACGUUAUAUAAUGCUAUUAUUUCAAUCUGCCUUGCACCUAGACACUAUAUAAUAGCCAAUACGCCUACCAAAAUGCUUUCGUGAGCGGUCGGGCUUUUGGCUUUUAAUUUCUGGAAUUGUACGCUUGAAUUUGCGGUGCCCAAACGAGUUAGGCAUCGCUUUAUAGCUAUUCGCUGUGUGAGUUUGUUAAUCUGUCGGCUUAAAAGUCUGUUAGUUUGUUUCGGAAUCAAAAGCCGUGGUAUUAUUCAAAAAUAGUAUGCCUUUGCAUUUCCUUGGUGCACUUGUUUUGCGCAUGCUCCAGGGCACCGCAUUGUUUGGAUGUAGCUCUUUAGAUAGAGUGUCUGGGUAUGAGGCAGCUCAUUUUAAAUUAUACACUAUGCUUUUUAAUAACACUGUACUCUCGCUCUACUGUAGUUAAAAAUUAUAAUUCUGUAUAGAUAUCAGUGACUGUACUAAUUAUGGGAUCAAAUACAUAAAUCUGAUCACCGCAUGC